GUCUAGGUCACGGUCGGAACGCCUGCUGCAAUCGCCAUUUUGGACGAACUUUUGGAGGAGCUCGAUCGGUCGUUUAACGCUGUUAAAUUGAAAUGAUAUUGACGCCAAGAAACAUUGCCUGUCUUUUGAGAAACUGCAGAUUUCCCCAGCUGAACUUCCAUUACAACAUCUGUACAUUGUCAACAUGAACCAAAGUGUACAAGGGUAGAUGCACCAUACAUAGAGGACUUGACCAUGGACCCUCGAAGCAGUGCCCAGGAUGUGGUGCGUUGUGAUGUGUGUGAUACCCCUGUCCCCCCACUACACUGUGACUUCUGUCAGACCAAUCUCUGCAAAGCGUGUGUUGGAGAACAUAUGCUGGAUUUAUCCAAAAAACAUCAGGUGGUACCGUUCAAAGACCGAGGAUCUACUCCAAAUUAUCCCAUUUGCACAAAACAUUCCCCCAAGCAAUGUGAGCUUCAUUGUGAACAAUGUGGCAUUCCUAUUUGUGUCCUUUGUGUUUCCUCUGAAAGUCACAAAAAUCACAAGUUAGUAGACAUUUAUACCAACUAUGAAAAGAAAAAAGAAGAUAUACAAAAAGAUUUGCAAGAACUAGUUAAAUCCCUUUCUCCCAAAUACCAAGAGAUUGCAAACAAAAUGACAGUGCAGAAAGCUGAUCUGAGUAAAAACUCAGAGAAAUUGACAUCAGCAAUAGACAAACAAGGAGAAGUCUGGCACAGAGUAAUAGACACCAUUAUACAGAAACUGAAAUCUGAUCUUGAUGAAAUGGACGCCAAACACCUGGCUGUCUUAAACAAACAGGAAGAUGAAAUCACACACACCAUUUCUGAAAUCACACAGAGCAUUGCUGAUCUGAAGAAGUUACUGGACUCCAAUGAUGUCAGCCGUGUCUCUGCCUACAAAUCCAGGAUUGCUGAAUUCAGAAGAUUGCUUCCUAAACUCACAGUUUCUCUACCAAACUUCACCCCUCAGAAAAUUAACCCAGAACAACUUUACCAACAGUUUGGUUCCCUGUCAGCAUUCUCCAUUACAACAGAGGAACAUGGCUACACCAUGGAAACCUCAGAAGCUGGAUCCUCUCCUCUCAAACCACUGCUUGAUGAGCCACGGAUCAUCUCCACCAUACAGACACAGUAUGGAGGCUAUACUAGUGGUCUAACCAGUGUUACUUGUGACAGUGAUGAAGAAAUCUGGACGCGUGGUUAUAAUUAUAAGAUGAUGAGUCUCUACAACCUGCAGGGGGAACUAGUGAAGUCAGUCCAAACCAAGUCAGGGAACUAUCCACUGGACAUAGCAGUGACAAGGAGUGGGGAUCUAGUUUAUACUGAUAGAGAUGAUAGAACUGUGAACAUAGUGAAGAAUACACAGAUACAGACAGUGAUCAGACUACAGGGGUGGAAACCUCACGGUGUCUGUAGUACCUCCUCUGGUGACCUCCUGGUUGUCAUGGACAGUGAUGAUGAUAAACAAACAAAAGUUGUGUGUUACUCUGGCUCCACAGAGAAACAAAGUAUUCAGUACGACGACAAAGGACAACCUCUCUAUUCAUCUAGUGGUGACACUAAAUACAUUAGUGAGAACAGGAACCUAGAUAUCUGUAUGUCAGACAAUAAAGCCCGUGCAGUAGUGGUGGUCAAUCAGGCCGGGAAACACCGAUUUACCUACACUGGUCCUCCCUCUACUACCAAGGGAUUAUUUAAUCCACUCGGCAUCACAACAGACAGCCAGGGUCAGAUCCUGACAGCAGACAGUACCUAUUACAACGAGUGUAUCCACAUCCUGGAUCAGGACGGACAGUUCCUCCGCUACAUUGACAACUGUCAUUUACAGUGUCCAUGGGGUUUGUGUGUGGACACCAGAGACAACCUCUUUGUGAUUGAGUUCUACACAGGUAAAGUGAAGAAAAUACAAUAUCUGAUGUAAACAAACUGUGUGUGUGUAUUAUAUGUAAACAAACUGUGUGUGUGUAUUAUAUGUAAACAAACUGUGUAUGUAUUAUAUGUAAACAAAUUGUGAGUGUGUAUUAUAUGUAAACAAACUGUGUGUGUGUAUUAUAUGUAAACAAACUGUGUAUGUGUAUUAUAUGUAAACAAACUGUGUAUGUGUAUUAUAUGUAAACAUACUGUGUGUAUAUUGUAUGUGUAUAUGUCAACAAACCAUGUGCAAGUAUCAAAGUAUAUACUAGAAACAAACUGUGUGUAUGUAUCAUUGUAAAUAAACUAUUUUGUUCUAUAUGUAAACAAUUUAUGUAUAUGCAUUUUAUUUAUAAGAAAAACAGUGUAUAUCGGUGUACAUCAUAUGUAAAUAGAGUGAGUGUUUUAUACAUGUACAUAUAUAUGUUAACAAAAUAUGUGUAUAUCAUCGUUAAUUGUAAACUAAAGAAAUAAUUUAAUGUACAUGUGUGUAUUGAAUGCAGUUGGAAUUGGAUGUAUAAAAUAUUUCUUUAUUAAAUGUACAGAUCUAAUUAAUAUUUCUUUUCUUUUCUGAAACAAAAAAAGA